GUAAAAAUAAAUCAUGGAAUCAAACAUAAUUUAAUACAAAUAUUAUAAAUAAAUUAAACAUCAUGAUUAAGACACCUACAAACAAUAACUUUAUAAAUUAAAACUAUAGAAUGCAGUGGAAUCAGCCCUACGGACAAGUUGCGUUUGAAAACAUUCCUAACAAUGUUUACUAUCAAACCAAUACGGACUAUGCACCACCAUUUCGAGCAAUAGGUGAGGGUGAAGUUACAUCUAUUUAUAUUCCAGAUGGCAGUACGCAGAUGUACUUUAUACCUACUAUUAGAUACGAUCGUUGGUCACCCCAAUAUAAUAUCAAUUUUCCUAAUGUUGAUAACUUUCACAAGAAUUUAAGUACUGACUAUUGGUUUGUAAGAAGCGUUUCUUUCCCGAUAUCAACGAGUUUUAACAAUCACUUGCCAAAUCCAUGUGGGAAUUCUAUACCAACACAACCGUUUACUCCUAAUUACACUACUAACUUACCAUUAUGUCAAACUGAAUAUUAUCAAAAGUUCCACAAUGAUAAUGCAACAUCGACGACAGAUAUCACGUACUUUUACCCUAGUCUACGUCUAGAGAGGAUUUCACACAACAGCACGUUAGUUCAAACUAAUAAACCCUCUGCAAACUACAACAUUUCUUACGAUGGAGUAAAAAAGUGUCCGUGUAAAGUGAGCUUUAGAGUAGAAAAAGAAAUUCGUAAUAAAUGUAUGUGUCAAGAAAGUGUCAGUUCAAUGUCCGUUGACAGUGUGAGUACACCUAGCGAAAAUAGCAUAAAGAGAAAAAAAAAACAUGUACGUUCGAAACGUAAAAGCAAAAAUAAGACAAGUAAACGUAGAGGUAUUAUUUGCAAAUGUAGUGAUGACGCGAAAGAAACAUCAGACAAACUGGUGACGACUUAUAUGGACACGGCUAGUGGUAACGUCGAAAGUAAGGGUCGCGAUACGCAGACGUCACGGAACUCGAAAAGAAACGACAUUAAGCCCGAGGUAUGGAUACCUAGAAAGAGGAAGAGCGCAACAAGCCCAAAAUCUUCGACAAACACAAUCGACCAGUUAUUCAGCUUGACGACAUCAGACGAUUGUGCGUGCGUAAGUUGUACGGAUACUGACAGUCAAUGAAUAAAACACUAUAUUCAUAG